AAUGUACCAUAGCUACAGUAGCAGUUCAGAUUUCUUUCACUUCUUAACUGUUUCUGGGACAAGUUAUUGAAAAUUUCACUGUAAAUAACCUUUUCACCGUUUUUUAGUUCCUGCUUUAGUAAUUUUUCGUUUUGCAUAUUUUUUGUGAUUUAUUCAAAUGAAGCCCAACAAAGAUGGAUUAUCUAGUCAAAAUAAAAAAGAGGAAAUUCAGCCAUGGAAACCAGAGAAAGAAGUUCAACUUUUUUAUGCAUUAGGUGGACGAAGACCUGUUGGUAUAAAUAGGUAUUUCCAAAUGAUCUUCGUACAGGAAGAAUUUAACCGAUUAACUGGUCAGGAAGUUACCUCUGAAGUUAUUUGGAAAUACCUCGACACACUGUAUGAUAUGGAUGCACUGAAUGAAAACGAAGAUCUGCCUUUCAAUAAUGAACAAAGUGAUUUUGUAUUACCACCUGAAUAUCAAAUAACACAAACACCACCGAUGCCAUCGGCAACUCCAGUAAAAUCUCCUAGUAAAUCUGCUAAAUAUCGUGGAUUUACGUUAACUUACAAGGUAGCUGAUGAUCCCACCCUGACUCUGAUAAAGUAUGGUCAACCUGUUUACAAGCAUUUGAUUAUCUUCUCUCCUUCAGUUGAGGAAUUCGGUGGUAGUCUUAGUGUCUCAGCAAUCACUGAUUUUAUUGACAAUGGAGGUAAUGUUCUCGUCGCAGCUAGUAGCAAUGUUGGAGAUGCAAUUCGGGAACUUGCUGCUGAGAAUGGAUUUGAAAUUGAUGAGGAGAGUACCGCUGUAAUUGAUCAUCUAAACUUUGAUGUCAAAGAUGACGGUUCCCACACACUUAUUGCCACUGAUUCUGCUAAUUUACUUGAUGCUCCCUUAAUUGUCGGUGACAAAAAGAAACUCAAUCCUAUUUUAUUCCGUGGUACUGGAAUGAUUUCUGAUCAAAACAAUCCACUUGUCUUGGAUAUUCUCAGAGCUUCAUCAACUGCAUAUUCUUACAAUCCAACCAAGAAAAUAACUGAGUAUCCUCAUGCCGUUGGACGCAACACUUUACUUAUCUCUGCUCUUCAAGCCCGUAAUAAUGCAAGAGUGCUUUUCACAGGAUCUUUAGAUCUUUUUAGCGACAAAUUAUUCCGUAGCUCUGUUCAAAAGUUUAAUUCCAAGCAAAUUCACCAAAAAUCUGGCAAUGAAGAGCUCUGUAUCGCCCUUUCCAAAUGGGUAUUCAAAGAAGAGGGUGUCUUACGUGUGGGUAAAGUUGAACACCAUAAAGUUGGUGAAACAAGUCCACCAGAAUCAUACACUGUCAUGGAAGAUGUUGUUUUUUCAAUUGUUGUCGAAAAAUUAGAUAAAGGUAAAUGGGUGCCUUACAUUGCGGAUGAUAUUCAACUUGAAUUUGUUAGAAUCGAUCCAUUUGUUAGAACCAAUUUACAAAAGAAAGGUGAUAAAUAUGUUGCACAAUUUCGCAUCCCUGAUGUUUAUGGGGUUUAUAAAUUUGUCGUUGAUUACCAAAGGAUUGGUCUAACUCAUCUAUAUAGCAGUACUCAAGUUUCCACAAUGUCUUCUCUAGCCUCCUCAUCAUCAUCGUGUUCACAGCAGCAGAGGAGCCUUCAAAGGGAGAGAGAAAGGUAUCAACGUGAAAGACAACAAGUGACCAUCAGUGGUGUUAGUGGUUGUGGUGGUGUUGUCGGUGGUGUACCUGGUGAAUCUUUCCACUCUGGACCUCCUGGACCCACGCCUAACUCUUUAUUCGGUGAACCCAUUAAGAAACAUCAAGACGAUGAAACCUCAAAACGUAUCAAGUCAACAUUAGGUGAUUUUGAUCAUGUACAGAUGUAUUUAAGGUAUGAUCAUAAGCCGUUAAUAGGUAUAUCAACGAGGGAGAUAACGCGAAUUAAUGGGAACAAAGCUAAAAUUGAACAGAUUUUUAGUGAGAUGAAACAAACGUUUCAACCCCUUGGUGCUUUAGAAGAUGGUGAAAGUGAAGGAAGCCGUGGUACUCGGGAAGAAGAAGAAGAUGAUCGCGAAGAGGAAGAUGACGAGGAAGAAGAUGGAGACGAAGAUAAAGAGGAAGAGGAAGAUGGAAAUGAAUCCGAUUCAUCUAGUUCAUCGGGGUCUUCGAGUUCUUCCAGUUCUGCAUCCAAUAGUUCAUCAUCUUCCAAUUCUGAUGACGAUGACGAUGAAGAAGAAGAUAAAGAAAAGUCCAAUGAUGUUAAAGCUAACGAAUCAAGUGGCUCCGAAUCUAAUGUGAAGCGUAAAGGCUCUUCUGGUAGUUCAAGUUCCUCAUCGUCCUCCUCUUCUUCCUCUUCCUCCCCCAAGAAUCAACCUCGUUCACCACCUCAAAGUGAAGUAUCUACAUGGAAUUUGACCAAUUUUAUGGACAAGAAGACUACAACAAGUGUUUCAUCUAAUUAUCAUGUACAUAAAGAAACAGUGAAAGUUACAAAUGAUAGCAUAAAUGAUGUUAUUGACAAAGUUGCUCGUGGUGAGCUCGGUGAAGAUGCAAUGGACACAAGUAGUAGUAAUAGAAAUCAUUAUAAUCAACAUCAUCAACCUCCACCGUCAAGUGAUCUUCCACCGACAAAGAAGAGAAAAAAAUCAAGUCAAUCAUCACAAUUCGUAUCACAACAGCAACAUCAACAUCAGCAUCAACACCAGCAUCAACAUCAACAUCAGCAUCAUCAACAACAUCAACAUCAACAGCAUCAUCAACAACAAAUACAACAGCACUACCAAGAAACUACUAGGCAACAAUUUAGUCAAGAAUCCAGUUAUCAGCGAGAGAAGACGAAAACGACGGAGCGAGCCAAGAAAGAAGUCAACCGAAACAGCCUUACUAUUGAAAAACAAGAUAAACUAACAGCGCCAAAGGCGCCGGAGAAGCUUUUAGUCUCUAUUUCAUUAGUACUGCUCAAAAGGAUACCUGGUCAAAACAAAGAGUCAUCUAGUUCUAAUAAUAAUAAUAAUAAUAUCAGAGAUGGUAAUAGUAGCAGUAGUAGUAGUAGUUCCAACAGUAGUAGCAGUAGUAAUUAUACCAAUCAUGUGAAACACGAGCCAAAUAAUCUACCCAGCAAAAGUGAUUUAUCUUCACCACCACACAGGUCAUCUUUACCUCCACCUUCUCGUAAAGGAAGAAGUUCACCUCAGCCAGUCCCUCCACCACCUCCGUCUACUCAUCCGGAUGUCAAUCCAAGCUCUUCAGCAUCAUCUAUAACCAAUACCUCCAUAACUUCAACGCCUGGUUCAUCAGUUCCAUCUUUACCUUUCACACCUCCUUUAUCAGCAUUAUGCAACCGGACAACACCGGACACUUUGGCUGCCGAUGAUUACCUUAAAUCAGCUAAAAAGUUAAAGCAUGCAGCGGACAGGGAAACCGAUCGGACUGUACAAGCACGAAAGUAUCUUGAAGCUGUACUAUAUUUCAUCUUAACUGGAAACGCGAUGGAACAGCGGAGUUGCAAUGAUUUAGAAAAAGUUUUCAUAAUGUACAAAGAAACUCUUAGCUUGAUACGCUAUAUUUCCGGAAAAUUUGCCAAAUCCCGAAUAUCAACACCUGAAGAAAUUCCUACAACAGACCAUAAGUUAACAGCUCUAAGUUUUCGUUGUCAAGCACUUUUGUGUCUCAAGUUAAGUCGUCUAAAGGAGAAAGAGAUUCGCAGCAAUUUUAAAUAUAUCCAGAGUAAUAUUGAAUCAAAUAAUAUUAAUACCAAGGACAAGAACUCAGUCACCUUACCUAGCCCACUUUUCAACGCAAUGAAUCGCCAGAUAAGCCUCCUUCAGCAAUUAAAUUCUGCUCACGAUCUCUGGCAACAAGCAGAUCAUCUUGUCGAGAAAAACCCUUCAUGUGCUGCUUUCUUUGCAACUGUUGACGCCGAAUGUGGCUCACUUAGCCUUACCUCUUCCUUUGAUGAUCUCGUACGUUAUGUAACCACUGGACUCAAGAUAUUAGAGUGAUAAUCAUAUACAAAUAUAUAUACAAAAUAAAUAUGGUUUUUUGUCAUUGCAAUUGAAAACAGAGAUUACGACUUAUUUGACGACAACAAAGUUUUUACUGGUCACCGGAGACGAAAUGAUCUGCACCCAUCAUUUGAGUCUGAACAUAUGAACAAAACGAAAGAAAGAUUAUAUUGUUGUUAAUUUUAAUUAUUUUUUAAAGAAACAAAUCUUUAUCGAAAAGUAAUACAAAACGGAAAAUUACAAUUUAUAUUCAAUACAAAGAAAACACACAAACAUCAAAACUAUUGAACAAAAAUCAAUUUGACUUUAACUAGAAGAAUGUAGUUAUUUUGUUCAUGUAAACAAACUCCUUGGAUAAAAACUUUCUCCUCUUUUUUUGCCCAUGUUUUGUUCACCAAAAUGUUUGUACAUAUGAUUUAAUAAUUACAAAUAAUAAGCUAAAUUUAAUUUUCAA